AUGGGAAAUCAAGCGAGCAAAGUACUUGCCGCCAACAAAAAGAAGAAAAGCGACAUUGCAUCGCAGAAAUCAUCGCAUUCACAGGGCAACUACGAUUGGUUGGACCACGACCCUCAUGCUUCGAAAGAGAAUCCAUCACUGAAUGCUGCUGUCUCUGCUGCUGUAGCCAUCCAGCAAAAGAAGCAACAACAGAAACAACAACAACAGCAGCAGCAGCAGCAACAGCAGCAGAGCUCAUCUGCACCAGCCAUUGUCAACAACACGAGACGCAAAUCCAUCUCAGAAUUCUUUGCCAGAAGAAAGCAGAGUCUAGUAAGCUUGCAUCCGACCAUUGUAGAGGAAGACGCAAAGGAGUACGACAGAUUACAGCGACAACAUUACUUGUUAAAGAGCACUCGAAAGGGAAAUACGUGGGCACCUAUUGAUUCGCCCAAAGUCAUUGUGGAGGCGGGUACUGCAAAUGGCAUUUGGGCGUUGGAAAUGGCAGCACAAUAUAAGGAUUGUCAGGUACUCGGUUUAGAUUUAAAACCACCAGCCUUUCAGCAUGGAAAUCCAACUAAUUUACACUACAACCGAACUAAUAUAAAUGAACCAUGGCCAAUGGCAGAUGCUACUGUUGAUUUUGUAUUCCAGCGCAACAUGUAUUUGCAUAUUCAAAAAGAUCAAUGGCCCAAAGUAGUGUAUGAGAUGUUUCGUGUAUUGAAGCCAGGUGGAUACAUUGAAUUGAUUGAAGCAGACAUGUGGCAUCACAACCCAGGCCCUGUCCAAAUUGCGUUCCAGAACUUUUACAAAGAUCAAUGCCAACUAUUAGACCUUGAUCUGGAGAUUGCGGACACUUUGGAUGCUACUAUUGUCGAGAAUGGAUUUGAACUAGUGGAAAAACGAGCCUUGGAUAUUCCCAUUGGCGAGUGGGCUACUGACCCUGAAUUGAAGCAAUAUGGAUUCAUCAACAAGGAAAUCCAAAAAGCAUUGCUCAAGAACAAAAAGGCAACCUAUGUUCCCAAGUGGGGCAUCUCGCCUGCUGAUUAUGAUUUAGCCGUGUCUGAGGUCCUCGAUGAAUUUGAGCAAUUUAAAAGCUUUUCUCGUUUCAAUGUUUGGAUUGCACGAAAGCCACUUGCUGCCGCCUCUGAAUCUACCAUACUUACUGCUGCGUGA